CAUUAUAAACAUUUGAAUGUUUAUUAUAUAAGUUGUAAAUAAGCAGAGGAAGAGUCAAGCAUAUCCUUUUAGUUAUCCAUCGAGCUGAUUUGACAGCUAUGGAGGUUGAAAACUUCGUUUCCAAGACUCUUGAGCUCCUGCAAGAAGAGAGAGAAGCUGAAUUAGAAGAAACACGAGCAUGGCGGGAGAAUUUAUCUCCCAAGAAUCUACAGCACAAAGGAGUGUACCUGCUGAAACUUCAGAUCGCAAGCCAGCACACUGGCAUGUAUGGCAGACUCCUGGUAGUUUUUGAACCCAGGAAAAGUAUAGGACCCUCAGUUCUGCCCAGCAACACCUUUGGACCUGGUGAUAUUAUAGGUUUGUAUCAGGCAGAGGGUCAGGGUCAGCCGUCUCAGUUGGGUUCAGGUGUGGUGACACGUGUUACUCAAGCAUCACUGACGGUGGCUUUUGAUGACACGCAAGAUUGUAUGAACUUGGACAGAGAUGGACUUUACAAUCUAAUGAAGCUGGCAAAUGAUGUGACCUACAGGAGACUCUCAAGUGCCUUGAAGUCUUUAAAUGGAUACGGCAGUGGUCCUGCAUCUCACCUGAUCAGUGUCCUCUUUGGUUACUCAGAACCAGGGAUAUUAUCACAUCAGCAUGCACUGGAAUUUAGCAACACUAGGUUAGAUAAUUCUCAGAAAGAGGCUGUGUCCUUUGCGAUAUCUCAGAAAGAUGUUGCAAUCAUACAUGGACCACCAGGAACUGGCAAAACCACUACAGUUGUUGAAGUAAUCCUGCAGGCAGUAAAACAGGAACAAAAGGUCCUUUGCUGUGCUCCUUCCAAUGUGGCUGUUGAUAACUUGGUGGAGCGCCUGGCAAAGAGCAAGGUCAAGGUUUUAAGAUUGGGUCACCCAGCCCGUCUGCUCGAGUCGAUUCAGAAGCACUCGCUGGAUGCGGUCCUUGCACACAGUGACAACACCAAUAUCAUUUCUGAUAUUCGCAAAGACAUGGACAAAGCUUUUAAUGAAAUGAAGAAGGCUCGAGACAAAGGCCAAUGGAGCAAUCUGAGACGGGAAAUCAGGGAACUGCGGCGAGAGCUAAAGACCAGGGAGGAAACAGCUAUCACUCAGAUCCUGAAAAGAUCCGAUGUUAUUCUAGCAACUAACACUGGAGCCUCUGAUGAUGGUCCUCUCAAACAUCUUCCCAAUGAUCAUUUUGACCUGGUGGUGAUAGAUGAGUGUGCUCAGGCUCUAGAGAGCAGCUGUUGGAUCGCUCUGCUCAAAGCACGCAAGUGCAUUCUGGCUGGGGAUUACAAACAGCUGCCACCAACGAUCAAAUCACAGAGUGCUGCAUCUGAAGGCCUGUCUGUCAGCUUAAUGGAGAGGCUGAUAAAGAAAUACGGAGACUCAGUGGUUCAAAUGUUGACCACUCAGUACCGUAUGAAUAGUGCCAUCAUGCAGUGGGCUUCAGAGCAGAUGUAUGAGGGCAAACUAAUCGCACACACUUCAGUGGAGAAAUACUUGCUUAGAGACCUGGCUGGUGUUGCUGAUGUUGAGGAAACCAGAAUUCCUCUUCUGCUCAUUGACACUGCAAGCUGUGGCCUGAAUGAAAUGGAGGAAACAGAUGAGCAGUCCAAAGGAAAUCAAGGAGAGGUAGACAUUGUGGCUCUUCAUAUAAAGGCUCUUACUGAGGCUGGAGUUCAAGUCAAGGACAUUGCGAUUAUUGCACCCUAUAAUCUCCAGGUGGAUCUUUUGAGACAGAAGCUGUCUCAUAAACAUGCAGAGCUGGAGAUCAAGUCUGUUGAUGGCUUCCAGGGCAGAGAGAAGGAGGCAGUGGUGUUGUCAUUAGUCAGGUCCAACAGGAAGGGUGAGGUUGGAUUUCUUGCUGAAGACAGAAGGAUCAAUGUGGCUGUGACUCGUGCCAGACGCCAGCUUGUGGUAGUGUGCGAUUCUCAGACUGUUCGAAACCAUGACUUCCUCAAAUCCCUAGUGGACUAUAUGUCUGAACAUGGAGAGGUUCGUACUGCCUUUGAGUACCUGGAAGACUGUGUGGCGCAGAAUUACAUCCGUGACGAAAAGGACAAACAGAUCAACAGCAAAGACGCUGCGUCUACAAAACAGAAGUCCAAGAACCAAGGCAAGAAAACAGAACAAGAACAGAAGAAAAGUGCAGCCAACAAAAGUAGAGGACUGAAUCAGUCCAAUGUUCAGCUUGACCAACAUAAAAACACCAAUUCACACCAUCCUAAACCCAAAGAUGCCGAUCAGACACAAAAUAAGAAAAAAGAGAUAAAGGAACAACUUCUGAACUUUCUGAAAGACCCAAACAAGACAGAGCUACAGUUUCCUUCCACGCUAAAUUCUCAUGAGCGUAUGCUGGUCCAUGAGCUCUCUGAAGAAAUGGGUUUAAGGCAUGAAAGCCAGGGAGAAGGGAAAAACCGUCGCAUCACUGUGUCCCGGCCCCCAUUAGAACCGGACAAGUCAGUGGAGCCCGAACAACCAGACGUGACUGUAUGUACAGCAGCGAAGCUACAAGAUGAGUUACAGAAAGGACCCUCAAAGUCAGCUGUGGAUCUGAAAAGCCUGCAUUUGGAGCGAAUGUGCCGGGAGCAGGAGAAACGAGAGGAGAAAAAGCAGGAAAAACAACAGCGUGUGAGACGGGAACUGAAUCCCAAUGCAAGUAAAAGCCAGUCUGUUAAGAAACCCAAAGGAACUUCAAAAGGAAACACUAAGAUAAAAGCAGGAGCCACAGAUAUAGCUGCAGGUGCCAUGCCAGAUGACAAUUUUGAUGCUCUCAUCAAUGCUGUGGUUAAAGCCGACAGCGUUUGUGGUUUUGUGAAGUGCAAAGCCAGUGUCCUGACACUAGGGCAACUCUGCCUCUACUGUAACAGACAAUACUGUCUCAGUCACCAUAUACCUGAGGUGCACGGAUGUGGAGACAAGGCAAAAGCUCAAGCUAGAAUGAGGAUAAGUAAAGAAGGGGUGCUUUAUGCAGGAAGUGGACAGAAGGACAAAUCAAUAGAUCCAAAUAAAAAAGCAUAUCUGCAGAGAAAACUAGACUCUAAACUCGAUGAUAUGGCAUCUCAAAGAAAAACUAAAGCCAAAGACAAAGAGAACUGACAUUCUAGGAGACACUAGAUCGAUCUGAUGUUGUUUAAU